AUGCAUAGGGUUGACGUUUUGGAGAUCAACGGGUAUCCCGAUGACCACCCCCUCUUCAUCGACUGCGACACCAAGCGCGCCUGGACCUUUGCCCAGAUCAAGGCCGCCUCCGUCGCCUUUGGCCAGGGCCUCAAGCACGCCCUCGGCUGGGCCAAGGGCGACGUGCUGGCCCUGUACGCGCCCAACGACGUCGACACGCCCGUCGUCAACCUCGGCCUGCACUGGGCCGGCGGCGUCGCCACGCCCGCGAACCCGACGUACACGGUCGGCGAGCUCGCCCGCCAGCUCGCCGACUCGGGCGCGCGUGCGCUCGUCACCUGCAAGGCCAUGCUCGGCCCCGCGCGCCAGGCCGCCGAGCAGGUCGGCUUGCCGCUGCGCAGCAUCCUGCUUCUGGGCGACGCCCGCGACGAGUCGGGCGUCCAUCGCCACUGGAAAGACAUCUCCGCCGCCGCCGCCCCCGUCGCGCCGCGCAAGACGGCCGUCGAUCCCGCGCGCGACCUGGCCUUUCUCGUCUACAGCUCCGGCACCACGGGCAUGCCCAAGGGCGUCAUGCUCACGCACCGCAACAUCAUCGCCAACUCGCAGCAGACGCUCAAGGCCGACACCCGCACCUUCAGCUGGGACCUGGACUGCCAGAUCGGCAUCCUUCCCUUCUUCCACAUCUACGGCCUCAGCGUCGUCAUCAACGCAACCUUCCUCAGCGGCGCCCCCUGCCUCGUCAUGCCCAGGUUCGACCUCGAAAAGACAUGCCGCCUCGUCCAGGAGCACCAGGUCACCUUCCUCUACGUGCCGCCCCCCAUCAUCCUGCUGCUGAGCAAGCACCCCGUCGUCGAAAAGUACGACCUCUCGUCCAUCCGCUUCAUCAACUCGGGCGCCGCACCCCUCAGCCGCGAGCUCGUCCUCAACGUCUGGAAGCGCCUCAAGAUCGGCGUCAAGCAGGGCUACGGCCUCUCCGAAACCAGCCCCGUCUCCAAUUCCCAGCUCGCCGACGAGUGGUGGCGCUAUCAGGGCUCCGUCGGGAGGCUCAUGCCUGGCAUGGAGGCCAAGGUUGUCGACACCGAGGGCCGGGAGCUGCCCCGGGGAGAGUCUGGCGAGCUGCUCCUCAAGGGCCCCAACGUCUUCCGCGGGUACUGGAAAAAGCCCGAGCUGAACAAGGAGGCCUUUACCGACGACGGCUGGUACCGCACCGGCGACGUUGUCUACGCCUGUCCCAAGGGCCAUUUCUACGUCACGGAUCGCAUCAAGGAGCUCAUCAAAUACAAGGGCUUCCAGGUCCCGCCGGCCGAGCUCGAGGACAAGCUCCUCGGCCACAAGGACAUCGCCGACGUUGGUGUUGUCGGCGUCUGGGACCCGGAGCGCCACACCGAGAUCCCCCGCGCCUACGUCGUCCCCCGGCCCGGCGUGGAGCCGAGCGACGUGCUGGCCCACGACAUUAUCGCGUGGCUGGUCGAGAGGGUCGCGCCGCCCAAGCGGCUGAGGGGCGGCGUGCGCUUCGUCAAGGAGAUCCCCAAGUCGCAGGCCGGCAAGAUCCUGCGAAGGGUCCUGCGCGACCAGGCCAAGGAGGAGCAGGACUCAGGGUCGCGGGCCAAGUUGUAA